GACUCAAUUAAAUUCUCAUUAUUCACAACAAGCAAAGCAUCUCUUAUAUAUAAAGUGUCGUGGCACACAUUCUCCACCGACCAAAGCCAGAGAGACUGUGAUGGAAGGGGUAGAGCACCGAACAGUUAGCGUCAAUGGCAUCAACAUGCACAUAGCUGAAAAGGGUCAAGGCCCCUUGGUCCUCUUCAUCCAUGGCUUCCCAGACCUAUCCUACUCCUGGCGCCACCAGAUCACUGCCCUCGCUUCCCUCGGUUACCGCUGUGUCGCGCCGGACCUCCGCGGUUACGGUGACACCGAUGUGCCGGCCGCGCAAACCUCCUACACCAGCCUCCAUGUCGUCGGCGACCUCAUUAGGUUGCUGGACGUAAUUGCUCCCGACCAAGAGAAGGUUUUUGUGGUGGGCCAUGACUGGGGUGCCCUCACCGCUUGGUCUCUUUCGCAGUAUCGCCCUGAACGAGUCAAGGCCAUGGUUAUCUUGAGUGUGGCCUUCACUCCCAGACACCCCAAGAGAAAGCCACUUCCUACUUUAAGAGCAGUGUAUGGAAAUGAUUACUAUAUCUGCAGAUUUCAGGAACCUGGAGAUAUAGAAGCUGAAUUUGCUGAGAUUGGCACUGAAAGAGUUCUGAAGGAAUUCUUCACAUACCGCACCCCUGGUCCACUUUUUCUGCCUAAGGGUGAAGGGUUUGGACAUCCAACUGAUUCUCCCAUAGAGUUACCCUCUUGGCUAUCUGAAGAAGAAUGCAGCUACUAUGCCUCUAAAUUUGAGAAGACUGGCUUCACUGGUGGAUUGAACUACUACAGAAAUUUGGAUCUGUAUGAGUUGGGAGCUGAAUGCUCCGUGGACUGGUGCUCAAGUUCAAGUGCCUGUUAAGUUCGUUGUUGGUGAUCUUGACCUGACUUAUAAUGGACCAGGCGCGAAGGAUUACAUUCACAAAGGUGGAUUCAAGAGAGAUGUGCCACUUCUGGAUGAUGUGGUUGUGUUGGAAGGGGUGGGACACUUCCUCCAUCAAGAAAGGCCCAAUGAGAUCAACAAUCACAUCUACGAUUUCUUGCGGAAGUUCUAAUAUGUUCUAUUAGCCUUUUAUUUUUGGGCAUGUGUCCCUGUGUCUGUGUGGUCAUUUGGUUUGCAUCUUUGUCGUUUAGUUAUUGCUGAGUGUGCACUCUAAUGCUGUGUAUGGUUUGUCUCUGAACAACUCUUUGAUUAAAUGGGAUAUGAAUAAUAUCAUUUGUAAUAGACGAGAAAGCUAUUUCCUAUCUAUCAUACAAUGUUUACUUCCCCAA